GACCAAGUGAGACUCCAGUAGUCUAGUUGUUGGUGUUGGUCGUGUAUAGUGUUGGUCUUGUACGGUCUUGUGUUGAGUUGGACAACAUGAAGCUCUUGGUGGUCGCCACUGCUCUCGUGACAGCUGUGAGCUGUGCAAGCCUGGGCUCAGUUCAUUUGGAUAGGGAGUUUCAAGAAUGGAAAUUCAAGUUUGGAAAAGUGUACAGGUCCCCUGGUGAAGAGUGGAAGCGUAAACAGAUCUGGACUGACACCUGGGAUCGGAUCGAGGCCCACAAUGCUCGAUUCGCACAGGGACUCGAAACAUGGAGUAUGGGCCUGAACCAGUUCUCUGACAUGACAUCGGAUGAGUUUACAUCUUGGCUGGGUAUGCCUCCUCUCAAUGCCAGGCAGUUGGCCAGAUACAACAAUCAAUACUGAAAUGUGACUGGAUUUCAAUCCUAGAGGCACAUGACUCUCGGAGCAAAAUUGCCAUCAAAGGGGUUUCCUUUUCUUUUUGUGAUUUUCAAGUCAAGUCAAGUCGGCAUUAUUGUCAAUUUCUUUACAUGCACUGGUCAUACAAAAUUUUGAAAUUACGUUUCUUACUUUCCCAUGCAGACAUAGAUAUAGACUUUAGGUGUGGACAUAGACAAUUAGACAUAGGCAAUUAGACGUAGACAAGAAGCAUACAUUGCACCUAGAGUACCUACCUAUACAAAACCCAUACAGACAUAUAAAGUGCAAGACUGGGCAACAGCAGACAUACAUAGAACGUAUAUUAAAAGAGGUAGUGUUGUGCAUUUCCAGUUAUUUUCGUCUUUUUGCAAAAUAUGCAAGUUAAGUCUUGAAGAAGCUACUCAAUGCUUGAGACAGCAGUAUUGGUUUAUCAAAAGCUAAUAUUUUGUAUUUAAAAGGGCCAACUUUAUGUCUUUUCUUUGGGCAAGAGACACGUUUAGAUCUGAAUUCUCUGUUUUCUACUAUAAGAUCAGAUGUGAACACAUUCAAAAGGCCAUAUAUUCUUAUAUGCCACUGUGCCUAUAGUUGUGGCUUGUCGUCCUCUGGCUGGUCACAAAUAAUAAACUUGGCUUCUUGAAUUAUAAGUGGAAUGGAGUAGGCCUGUAUACAUUGUUUAUUAGGUCUUUGUGUAGCCUAUGCCUUUGUAUGUGUUUGUAUGUCUUGUAUCUAGUAUGUCUUGUAUCUAUGUAUCUAUGUAAGCUGUCAGACACCUUAAUUUCCCUCGGGAUUAAUAAAAGUACUCUACUCUAC